GACGGAAUCCCACGCGGCGGCACCCGUUGCUUGGUUGUCUCCCUUGGUUGUCAGCCGAGAUUCUCGCGUGAUUUCACCUCUCUUCUCUCACUCGAGCAGGAAAUAUGGCUGAGGAACUCAAAAGAUAUUUGAUGCAACUAAAAAAUUCUGUUGCUGGUCUCAAUGCUAUCAUUAUCACUGACAGAGAUGGUGUCCCUGUUCUAAAAGUUGCUGAUGAUAAUGCUCCAGAAUUGGUAAUGAAACAGAACUUCCUCUCCACAUUUGGCUUGGCCACAGAGCAAGCAGGCAAGUUAGGCUUAUCUGAAAAUAGAUCCGUCAUCAGUAUGUACACAACGUGUCAAAUUAUCCAAAUCAAUCACCUUCCUUUUUUGAUUACACUUGUUGCUUCUAUAAAUGCCAACACAGGAAUGCUUUUAAAUGUCCCAAACGAAAUGCAAGAAAUUCUGAAAGAUUUAGAUGCUGUUUUAACUCUGGUUUGAUGUGCAACUUGCUGGACCUCAACUGACAUGACCUCUUGUUAUAUCAGUCCAUCUUCUCUGUGUGCCACAAAUCGGACAAUACACAUAACAAACUGUGAUAAAAUAUCAGAGAAGAGAUUUGGAACUGUCAUUGAUAGGAAAAUAUUCUAUUGGCUGAUUUUUGUUGGCUUUAAGUUUGAUUCUUUUCAUAUCUAAUAUUGUAAAUAAAAUUGUGCUACAUGAA